CUCUGUCCACCCGUUCAAAGUCCUUUUCCUUGAGACAUACAGAAUCAUGCCCGGGCAGAUGGCCCCAAAUGGUCACCGUAUGCUCAAUAGCUUCAUUAAUGUCUGUCGGUUCCUUCGUAUCCCUCUCUCCCUCUGUCUCUUUGAUCACAUGUUCGAUGUUCGGCCCGGGUCCAAGGAAACCCUUGGAUUCGUGGUUGUGUCCUCCCAUCAGGGCCGAGCAUUUCUCUGUGGCCUUCCUCCUUCUAACAAGAAGUGGAAUGACAAAUACUUGUCUAUCAAAUUCCCCCCGGCUGCUUUCCCUUUCGUCCAAAAUGUCUGGGGGAAGAGAAUCAAGCGCCAGGUCAAACCCCAGGAGGCCGAUGACCUGGUCACUUGGGAGGCCACUCUCCAGGCCGGGGACGCCUCCACCCGCAGUCUUUACAACGUGGGGAAGUGCGGGGUCUACCCUGGUAGGGAGACUGACCCCGAGCUAGAGAUUGUUCUGACCGAGGCGAUCCCUCAUGCCAUCCCCCUCCACCGGGUGAAAGGUUCAAAAGCCCCGGUCUCCACCACCACCAGUCCUUCGCGCCCGGGGAAGAAGAAGAAGGAGAAAGAGGUGAAGUUCAAUUCCAAGUUCGCCACCCCCAAGAUCGAGUACUUCACCCAGCUGGUGAAGUCCAGGGACGAGGAGAAGGCCCGGCUGGAGGCCAUGAUGGUGACCUGCCGGAAGGAUGCCCAGGCCGCUCAUGCCAAAGCGGAGAAGGUUGAGGAGAAGCUUGUAGAGCACUACGCAGUUUACCGCCAGCUCUACGCCAAGCAUGAAGGUCUUCUCAAGGCUGCAAAAGAGGCCGACACGCAGGCCCAGGAGAAGAUCGAAAAGCUUGAAGCCGACAGCGCCCGGUCUGCUGAAGAGAUCGCCCGGCUAAGAGAUGAGCUGGCGAAAGAGCGGGCGGAACGAGCUGCCCUUGCCGCUGCCUGGGCAACCCAAGAGCCGGAAGAGUUCGCCGCCCUAGCUCUGCCUGACUAGGAGACAGCCAUUCGCUUCUUCCAGGGCCUAUACAAGCACAAGGUGUCGGCCGAGGUCGUUGACGAGAUCGGGACCUUCAGCUUUGAGAGUGGUCAAUACGAUGAACGCCGGGCUCUAUACGGCAUCCUCUAGCAGCGGAUCCAAGGCUUCGAGCCUAAGGCCCUUUCUCUGCCCGAGCUGCAUGACGAGGCGCCGGUUCCACCCUUCCUAGGGAUCUGAUCUUCAAGGCCUUCUUCCCUCUAUUUUUUUUAUUUUUCAUAUGUAAUGAUCUUCCUCCAGGCACUUUUUGUAUGACUUUCCAAUAUUAAUGAAAACUUUUUCUUCCA